UUCGCGUAUUUCUCCUUUGUGGCUCGUCUUAGCCUGGUGUGGGAGCGGCAGUCGCGGGCAGAUUUAGCACUCCUGCUCGGCACUUGCUCAACGCAUACGCCGCUCCGUCCUACCGUUUUUAUCCGGUGUCUCUGCAUUACACCCGAAACACAUCCGACUCACACGCAGAUUUGCAUGUUCCAGCCAUGUUCGCGUCAUUAGCAUGUGGCAUCAAAGAGCGCGCCCCUUGCUUAGACGCGCCCUCUCACACGCAUGCGCAGCGGGCUCGCUUAAACCCCUCCCCCAUUUGAGUCAGUUAAACCUGUGCUGCUCUGCACUCGCCGUCGUGCAAGCAAAACAAGUGUCCAGAAAAACCCAAAUAAACUAUGCACUGAACCCCUACUGAGUGUGUCCCCAUCUGUUGUUAUAUGCUGGGGAUGCAUGGCUGUUGUGCCUGGUUUGGGGUUUAGAGAGGCCGAGCUGUAAGUAGGUCGGGCUGGGUUUAAGCGGCUUAGCUACGUCAGUCUAAGCUGAGAGGAAUUCAUCCAAAACCCUGCGCGAUAGGCGGGGGCCUAAACGAGGCUGGCCUAGUUAAGCCUGAUUCUUAUUGUGCGCAGAAGCAGCCUGGUUUUGUCGUGCAAGGACACAAGAGGAGCAACCAAGGAGUGGUUGGAUUCCACGCUCAUGACAGAACAUAGCUUAUGUUUGAUUUGAAGUGGGAAGAGGAGGAAAAUGAGUGAUAUCAAAGAGUUAAAGCUGUGUUAAGUUUUAAUCUUGGUGGACUAAGAGAAUCCUGCAUCAGAACAAGAAAAGACAGGUGUUGGGGUGACAGCCGAAGGCCCGAAUUGGUCUGUGCUUUAAGAUGGCAUCUGGCUCGGCGUUUCUCUCCAGCAUGGUGGGUAAAGCUCGCUCCUCCAACUUCACCCUCUCUGAGAAGCUGGACCUGUUGAAGCUGGUCCGCCCUCACAUCCGCAUCCUGGAGGAACACACCAACAAACAUGCGGUCAUUGUGGACAAGAACAAGUGCUGGGAAACCGUGGCAGAGCAGUACAACGCCUUGGGGGGCGACAGGCCUCACCGCACAGCGCAGGGUCUCAGGACCCUCUACAAGAGGCUGAAGGAGUCAGCCAAACAGGAAGUGAUGCAACGGAGACACGCCCAGCCGGAGUACAGAGCGAGCAUCUCAGAGCCUACCAGGAAAAUCAUGGAGAUAAUCCCUCACCUGUUUCAGCAUGUGCCCAUCCACGAAAAGGACCUGGCGCUGCGCAGAUUAAUAUAUAGUAAGCACACGUCUCCCAUCGAGCCUCCUGGCAGCAGCUCCUCUCUUGCUGGCCUUCAGGAAUACUCGGCAGCCGUCCCAAUUAUUCCCCAUGAGGUGGUCCAUCUGGACAUUGAAGAUGAUGUAAAACCGCCUCCAGAUCUCCCUUUCCCCUCUACGCACUCAGAGCCAGGGUUGGAGGCAGGCCAUGAGUUGGAGGAGGAGCAGGAUGCCGACAGCAUCCACGAUUACGAAGCAUCCUUGUCACCUGCCCCUUCUUCUGGCAACAUGGCCCUCUCCUCUUCGCCUUUACCUUUUGGCCAAGACCUCUACCCCAACAACAUGUACCCGCAACAUGAGCCCGAGCGCUUUCGCCCACUGUACUUGGCCAAGGAGGAGCAUGAGUUGGUGCUCGCCAAUCACAGGAAAGUGGCGAUGUACCUUAAGGAGAAGAGGGAAGGACUCAAGAGGAAGCAGGAGCUGGAAGAGGAACUUUUGAGAGCCAAGAUCAAAGUGGAGAAGCUGAAGGCGGCCCGACUUCGACAUGGAUUGCCCAUCCCUCUUUAGCAUGCAGGAACAUGCUGAUAGAAAAGGGAGACUCUGGACCAACUUCCCGCAGUUCAGCUCAGAAUGGAUUGCCCAAUACUGUAGUGAUACAGUACUAAAAGGCUAGCAUUGGACACAGUUCAAGCAUUAGACAUCAAAGUGUUGUCAUUUUUGGUCCAACACUGGGAAUGGAAUAGAAUAAGAGGAAAGAACACAACAUGUCUGAGCUUCUGUCUUGAAUUCAGUGACGUAUUACAGUGUUGCCCUAUCAAUACUACACCAUUUACAGCUACUGCUGCCUAACUACACACCAGGUUCAAAGGGUCAUCAUAAGUGUUGAGAUAAAUCAACUGGUGCACGUUCCACAUUUGUAAGAUCAGUAUUUAUUAAUGCAUAGUGCCUAAUGCAGCCACUGAUGGUUGUACCUACUAUCCGUGUCUGUUCAUAUUGCCUAAGUCUCACUGUUGACAAAUGAUGCAAUGACACUGUGAUUAGACAAAAUAUGUAAAUUAUGAAGAAUUCACAAGGGAAUGAUAUUUAUAAUAAUGUGCAUAUUAAGGAUGUCAUUUCUGCCUCAGUCCGCCAUGGGUAUAUGUAGCUGUUGUUGGAAGUUGUUCCAGUAAUUGAAUAAUUUUUGUCUUCACAUUUUCAGGCAUGAGAGAAUCAAGGCUGGUCAAUUUGUAAUUAUGUUUCAUUGUAUAAAAACAUCUCACUCUGAGCCUUAACGCACAAUGCUAAUGUCGCACCGUUACUGCUCUUUUUAUGGCCAGUUAAGAGAUAUUUACAAAAAAAGAUGAAGGUGUUUGUCUUUAACUUUUAUUUCUUAUGCUAUAAGUGACUGAAAUAUUGUUGUAUUUUUUGGUAAAUGACCGAUGGGUGUUGCUUUUGUCUUUUUCUAUUAAAAAAAGAGUCACUAUCCGAAGGAUUAUGUUGUAGUCAUUAAAAUCCCACACGGUGUGUAAGUUUGCGCAGGUGUUGCAGCAGUGACCUCUGCUGGUGGAGCCUGUAUGUACAGGAU